CGUCGAGGAGUUUACUUUGCUCGAUGCUGUACGUAAUAAAGGCUUGCUCGCAAGGGAAUAUUUUACUGUUCAAUCAGCUGAUAUGCAAGAAAGUAUUUUCCUGCCUGAUUCGCUGUUCAUAUGUGUGCCUAAACCAGCCUAAAGUGGUUUAUAAAUUCCUCAACAGCGUGGUAGCAUUGCAUAGAAACCGUAGAUAAAAACGUGAAGAAAUAAUGCUUGAAAUGAAUCGGAUACGAAUUUGAAAUCAGCAAUUAUACCAAGAGGAUGACGACUAAUAAAGAAUCUACACAUGACGGCCUUUUGGAAAGGCUUGUCAAAAGUGAUGAAAAGGAGGUUGUGAAAUGCCGGACUAGUGCGGAUAAUAUUGAAGGGCAUAAAUUACGACACGGCACGGACAGUUUUCCAAAUAUUAAUGCAAGACCGGUUGACGAUAUAUCAAUCGAAUUUUUUUACAAACCCCACAGCAUUACAUUGCUUCUUAUUGCAAUCGGAGCUGUAAUAUAUUUUGCCUUUACUAGGAACACUACCAAUGUUGAGGACAAUAUUUGGGCUGGAAUUCUCUCCAUCAUAUUUUUUUUUCUUAUCAUAUCAAUACUCACAUUUCCAAAUGGACCAUUUACGAGACCUCAUCCAGUUGUUUGGAGACUUGUGUUUGGCUGUAGUGUACUAUACUUAAUGGGGCUGUUAUUUAUGUUAUUUCAAGAUUAUGAAACAGUCAGAAAGAUCUUUGUUUGGAUAGAUCCUGACUUGGCAUCAUUUCACAUUGAUAUGGACAAAGAAUAUGGUGUUAAUUGUUCUGAUAUUACAUUAGAGAAGAUAUGGAACCAUUUAGACGUUUUUGCAGCAGCCCAUUUCUUAGGGUGGACGUUUAAAGCGAUAUUAAUUCGUCAUUUUGGUAUUCUUUGGGCCAUCAGUUUAAUGUGGGAAGUAACAGAAAUAGCAUUUGCUCAUUUACUACCAAACUUUGUGGAAUGUUGGUGGGAUGCUUUUAUACUUGAUGUGGUUGUCUGUAAUGGUUUGGGUAUCUGGGUAGGAUUAAAAAUUUGUUCUCUUUUGGAAAUGCGAGAAUAUAAAUGGGUAAGCAUCCUUGACAUUGAAAGUACUACUGGAAAAUUGAAGAGAGCAAUGCUACAAUUUACUCCUGGUAGUUGGACUGCUGUUAGAUGGUUGGAUCCAACAUGUACAUACAUGAGAUUUGUUGCUCUAAGUCAGUUGGUUAUUUUCUGGCAGGUUUCAGAGCUAAAUACAUUUUUCUUGAAGCAUGUUUAUGAAUUCCCACCUUCUCAUCCAUUUGUUGUAGCAAGAUUGAUACUCAUUGGAGUAAUUGUUGCACCAUCUGUUAGGCAGUACUAUUUGUAUGUAACAGAUCCAACAUGUAGUAGAGUAGGGACUCAGUGUUGGGUUUACGGUGCAAUCAUGGUUACAGAGGCUUUACUAUGUAUCAGGCAUGGUGCUGCAUUAUUUGAACGUACUCAGGCAUUAAAUAUUCUUUUAUGGCUACUCUGCCAGUCUCUAGUCUCAGUUCUUUGUGUCUAUGGCUGUGUUCUGUGGCAUCAGUACUUUGAGACGGAAAAGAAAGUUACUUCAAAACAGUCUAUUACUCAACUAGACAACAGCCAUCUGGAUACAAUUCCUAGCAGUGGGAGUAUGGCUGAUUCUACAAAAUCUAUGGACUCGCUGGAAAAGAAGAAACUGUGAACGGGUUCAGAAUAAAAAAUGACCAACUUAAGGGUGA